ACCACCAACCAACCAUUUACCAACCAAAAACACUUCAACUACUCACUCUCUCUUUCCUUCCCCUUUUUUGAACAACAGAGGCAGCAACACACCUACCCAAAACCCAUUCUCAUCUCAAUUCUUCCCCAACCAAUGGACCCUAACGUUUUGUUUUCUGCUCCAUCAGCGAGCAAUGGAGGAUCCAGGAAGAACGCAACCUUAAUCUGUGCCCCAACAAUGGCGGAAUCACUUGAGAAGAUGAAGAUUGACGUCAGCAAUGCCAAAGAUACUGGCGCUGACGUGGUGGAAAUUCGAUUGGACGCUUUGAACACCUUUGACCCCUCUCAAGAUCUCAACACUCUUCUCCAGCACCGCCCUUUGCCCUUGUUGUUCACUUACAGGCCCAAAUGGGAGGGUGGUAAGUAUGAUGGUGAUGAAAACAAACGGUUGGAUGCGCUACGGUUAGCUAUGGAGUUGGGAGCUGAUUACAUUGAUGUUGAACUUCAGGUAGCGCAUCAGUUCUUUGACUCUAUACGUGGGAAGUCAUUCAAAACCAAGGUCAUUGUUUCAUCUCACAACUAUCAGCUUACUCCUUCAGUUGAGGAUCUUGGCAACCUUGUAGCAAGAAUACAAGCAACGGGGGCAGACAUUGUGAAGAUUGCAACAACUGCCUUGGACAUCACUGAUGUAGCACGCAUGUUUCAAAUAAUGGUGCAUUCUCAAGUAAGGCGUGUAUGUUUGGUUCCUUUUAUUGGACUUGUUAUGGGUGAUAGGGGAUUGAUUUCUCGUAUACUUUGUGCAAAAUUUGGUGGAUAUCUCACUUUUGGUACCCUUGAGUCAGGAGUAAUUUCAGCUCCUGGUCAACCUACGCUUAAGGAUCUAUUGUAUCUAUACAAUUUGAGACAACUGGGGCCUGAUACUAAAGUAUAUGGGCUUAUUGGAAAGCCUGUCGGUCACAGUAAAUCACCCAAAUUGUUCAAUGAAGCAUUCAAGUCAGUUGGUAUUGAUGGUGUUUAUUUAUUUUUAUUGGUGGAUGACCCUGCCAAUUUUCUCAGGGCUUAUUCUUCAACAGAUUUUGUGGGAUUCAGUGUUACCAUUCCUCACAAGGAGACAGCACUUAAAUGCUGUGAUGAGGUUGAUCCAGUGGCUAAGUCAAUAGGAGCUGUGAAUUGUGUUAUAAGAAGACCAACUGAUGGGAAGUUGAUUGGGUAUAAUACGGAUUAUGUUGGUGCUAUUUCUGCAAUUGAGGAUGGGUUACGAGGUAAACAAAAUGGUAGUAGCACAGCUGUUUCGCCAUUAGCUGGUAAGCUGUUUGUUGUUAUUGGGGCUGGUGGAGCUGGGAAGGCACUUGCUUAUGGUGCAAAAGAGAAAGGAGCAAGGGUUGUGAUUGCUAACCGCACCUAUGACCGUGCCAGAGAACUUGCUGAUAUAAUUGGAGGAGACGCUUUAGCGCUUGCUGAUUUAGGUAAUUACCAUCCGGAGGAUGAUAUGAUUCUUGCAAACACAACAUCAAUUGGAAUGCAACCAAAAGUUGAUGAGACACCUAUUUCUAAGUCUGCUUUGAAAUAUUACUCCCUGGUUUUUGAUGCUAUCUACACGCCCAAGAUGACCAGACUCUUGAACGAAGCAGAAGAAUCAGGAGCCACUAUUGUAACAGGAUUUGAGAUGUUUUUAGGGCAAGCAUAUGGACAGUAUGAGAAUUUCACUGGAUUGCCAGCACCUAAGGAGCUCUUCAGAAGAAUUGUAAAUUAUGGAAAACUAUUAAGGAGUGAUCGGUUGUCCUUGCAUCACAAUCCAAGAAUCAGAAUGGUAAGCACAAUUUGCAUCUGUUUACAUUGCCUUUGAAUGGGGAGGGACUUUCUUUAGGGCAAAGUGGAAUUUCUCUUGGAGCAAAUUAAUUUGUCAGAGAAGAUUUCUUGGCAAUCACAGUUCAUAUCAGCAAAUGAUUUUGUAUCUCAAUUAAGGUUUCUGCAUUGUAAUUGUAUGUAUCUAACCUUUCUAAGCAGAAGAAACAUUGUUUUUCAAUUAUUUUUAUGAACUAUCAAGGGAUAUUGAUUGUUGAGUAUUCUUAUGCUCAUUUUACUUCA